ACCAUCGGGCAGCCGAACCCUCGAUUGGCCGCCGCCGCCGUAAGAGAGACCGACGUCCUCCUUCCACUGCCGAGCGACACCUCGAAUUUCUCUCUCAUCGUCAUCCCUUCUCCCCUUUAUUCGCGUCGCGCAUCUGGGAGAUCCAGCCAGCGUGAUUUGUGUUAUCGGUAGCUUUGGAUUUGUUUGUGACCCGGCGCUAACCCAACCCAUCCGGUGGUGGAUUCAGCUUCUUGGAUACCUUGGUGGCGGAUGUUCUGCUCGUAGCAACUUGUCUCCCAGAAUUUUUUUGGGGGCUAGACGCUACCCCUGCCAUGGAAUCAGGCGAUACCAAAUUUGAUGCAUCACAGUAUGCUUUCUUUGGCAACAAUGCCGUGGAGGAGGUUGAACUAGGUGGAUUGGAUGAUGAUGAUGAUGCUGCAUUUAUUGAGCACGAAGAUGAAGAAAACCCUCUUUAUGGGAGGGAUAAUAUGUUGGAGGAGGGUGUAGGUUCAUUUGCUGACAUUGAUGAUCUUGCUGGAACUUUCUCGAAGCUGACCAGAAUAGUCAAUGGACCAAAGCAACCAGUAGUAGUUAGUCAUAGUGGAUCAAUUUCUAGACAAAGUUCUAAUGCAGAGUGGGUGCAAGAGUCUGAACUUCCAUAUUGGCCUACACAGCCUGUAUUGGACACUGAUCACGGGCUGGAUAAAAAGAAUUGGUGGUCCCAACCACCCCAUUCAGUCAACUUCAUUGACUAUAGACUGCAGAGGACAUCGUCAUCCCCACAGCAAGAUGCUCAGCAUAAUCCUGUUGAACCUAUUCUUGAAGCAAAGCCAUCUCCUUUACAUAGAACAUCAACGUACCCACAACAAGAACCUCAGUACAGUAAUACUGAACCAAUUCCUGUGCCCAAGUCAUCAUUCAUUUCAUGUCCUCCAUCUGGUGCAGCAUCUCAUUCUUCACCUAGUCAGCCACAUCAUGUGAACAUGCCAUCUCCUCCCACUGCAUUCCAGUUGCAUAUGUCUUCUGCACAAAAUGAUCUACUCCUUCCCCAGUUCCAUCAUGGAGGUACGCCUCCAGGGCCUCCAUUUGGUAGACAGAAUCAUGUUUUAAAUAAUGGAUCGAUGCAUGGAAAGGGUCCCAGGUUUAUGCCAGGUUUGAUGCCUCAUCAAUUGCAAUGUCCCAAUGGACUGAUGCCACCUCAGAUGCAGCCACCUCAUCAACAUGGAAUGCUGCCAAUACAACAGUCCCCACCACAGUUCUCACAACUACAUGCACGGAUGAUUGGUCCCCAUCAUUCCCCACCACAAAGCAUGCAGAUGUUUGGUCCUCAACAUCCUUCUUCACAAGUGAUGAGUAGAUUUGAUGCAAACUUUGCUAUGCCUGACUUGAGUGAUCCAAGAGCAAGAUCAAUGUUGCAACAUGAAAGGCUGGGACAGCGUUAUCCUCACCAAGGUUAUGAGCUCAAUAAUAUUAGGAUAGAUAAUGGAUGGUCACGGUUCAGAUCCAAGUACAUGUGUACUGAAGAAAUCGAGAACAUUGCAAGGAUGCAGCAGGCUGCCACACACAUCAAUGACCCGUAUAUUGAUGAUUACUACCAUCAAGCUUGUUUAGCAAAAAAAUCAGCAGGGGCUCAACUAAAGCACCACUUUUGUCCAACCUUGAUUAGAGAUCCAUCUUCACGUGCACGCAGUAAGGAUGAGCCACAUGCAUAUCUACAGGUUGAUGCUCUUGGGAGGCUUCCAUUUUCUUCUAUCCGCAGGCCUCGUCCGCUUCUUGAUGUUGAACAAGCCUCUGCACCAAGUGAUAAUGCUGAAAAAUCUGUGUCAAAGCCUCUUGACCAAGAGCCCAUGCUUGCUGCUAGGAUCACAAUUGAAGACGGACUUUGCCUACUGCUUGAUGUUGAUGAUAUUGAUCGUCUGCUGCAAUUUAGCCAGCAGCAAGAUGGUGGUUUGCAACUGAGAAACAGAAGACAGGGGCUCCUCGAGCAGCUUGCAGAAUCACUGCAAUUAGUUGAUCUCCUUGCACCAAAUAAGAAUUCACCUGUGUCUCCGUAUGAUGAUUUGGUGUUUCUUCGCAUAGUCACUCUAUCAAAGGGCCAGAAGCUACUUUCCCAUUACCUUGAGCUUCUGACAUCAGGCAGUGAGCUUGCAAGGAUAGCUUGCAUGGCAGUCUUCCGGCAUCUAAGAUCCAUAUUUGGAAAUAUGCCCUCUGAUAUCAGUGCAGUGGAGACAAUGAAUAGACUUGCAAAAGCUGUAUCCGCACAUAUUGUUCAGAUGGAUUUGAGUGAUCUCAGUGCUUGCCUUGCUGCUGUUGUGUGUUCAUCAUUGCAACCACCUCUUCGACCUCUGGGAUCCCCAGCAGGUGAUUGGGCUUCUGUCAUCAUAAAGUAUGUAUUGGACAGAGCAACAGUUCUACUCACUGAUCACCAUGUGGCUUCUAACUACAGCAUGCGGAAUCGAUCUCUAUGGCAGGCAUCAUUCGACGCCUUUUUUGGGCUGCUUACACAGUACUGCAUGAGUAAGUUUGAUCGUGUGGUUCAUACUGCCCAAUUGCAACCUGCUGCUGCAACCGUUAUAACCAGGGAAAUGCCAGUAGAGCUUCUGCGUGCCAGCCUCCCUCAUACCAAUGAGGCUCAACGCAAGCAAUUGCUCAGUUUUGCUCAACGCACUGUGCCUGUUGGUACCCACAGUUCUCAUGGGUCUUGGUAGUGGAAGCAUCGAGUUCUUAUUAGAACUGAGUACUCGCUAAAAAUGGCUCUUUAGGGGACCUGUUAUGCUUCCCCUGAAAGAAGAGAGGGUUAAACUUGUCACUAGUACUAUGAAUAUCAAAAAACAAGAGUAAAGAUGGUUGGAGCAUCAAAAUGGUAAUACUC